AAUAAGCCUCUAGACUGCCCAUUAUCUCGUUGGAGGAACAGACCCCAGAAAUAAAAUCCAGAUUUUGCUGCCCGUCAUGCCCAUCCUCUACAACCCCCAAACGCAAGAGCCGUACCUGCGCCUCCCGGCACCGCUCAGCCACAUCAUCCUCACCCCGCACCGACUGCACCAACUCGAGGAGACCAUCGCCGCCAAAGUCCCGCUCCUCAAUGACCCGCGCAUCUACCUCAAUCUAACCGGCCCCCCGUACCCCUAUCUCCGCGAGCAUGAAGAAGAAUGGGUCAAAUCCAAAUGCGCGGCCGCUGAGCCCGUGCUUCAGGCUCUACGCGCCGAAUUCCAGACGUCGGUUCCGCAGCAACGGUACUUUGACCUGUGUCCCUUCACGGUCAUUCGGGAAGUCACAGAAGAGGACCCACAGACGGGCCAUCCAAAACAGGAUGUCUUGAUUGGCGAUAUUGAGAUCGCGCGGUACAUGUUCUACGAGUAUCGCCACGACAGUCCGGAACGAGCUGAGGCGCAGCGUCUGAAUAAUGAGCUGCCGCCGGGGGACGAGGGGAUUGCGUGGGGGAUUGGCUGCUAUUCGUAUUGUGCUGGACUCUGUUCACUAAUGAUACUCUCGUGUUCAGACUUCCUGGCACCGUCCCACCACGGCCGAGGAAUCAUGACUCUGGUCCUGCGGACGCUGAUCCAGGACUGGGGAGUCCCGCGGAUGAACACCAAGCGACUCAUGGCGUCGGCGUUUGUCGAAAAUGCCGGGAGUCUCCGCGUCUUCGAGAAGAAUGGUUUCGAGGUGCUCUGCACCUUGGAAGACUGGGCGCCCUACCCGGAGAACAGAGGCGGGGGGUGGAAGUCGCUUACCGUUGUUCAGUGGCGGGGUUUCUGA